AUGGGAAAGAAAGCCGCGGAUCAACCGCCGCCGCCGCCGCCGCUCGGCACGGUGCACCACGUCGACGGCGACGGCGACGGCACGCUCAAGAUCCACAUCACGCGGGGCCGGCGCCUCGCCGCCAUGGACCGCUGGACGAGCGCCUCGGACCCCUACGUCAACGUCUACUACGGCGAGACGCUCGUGGGCAAGACGGGCGUCGUCAAGCACACGACGAACCCCGUCUGGCGCGACGGUCUGGUCCACUGCGCGACGCACGGCCCGCCGUGCCGGAAGCCGCACAAGAAGGUCACGCUCGAGCUCUUCGACGAGGACGCGGGCACGCGCGACGACGCCCUGGGCCGCGUCGUCGUCGACGUCGGCCACCUCGGCGGCGCCCUCGAGCGGCGCCUGGCCAUCCCGAAGAAGUGGUACGACGUCGAGGCGCCGUCGCAGUUGGGGAGCCGCCGGGACUGGGGCCAGGUGGAGCUGAGCGUGGACUACGAGGACGGCGGCGACGUCGGCGGCGGCGGCGGCUUCCUCGACGGCGACGUGCGGUCCCUGCGGCUCCUGGGCACCCUCUUCGACGAGUGCGACGCGGAUCGCACGGGCCGGCUCGACAGGGACGAGUUCCGGCGUUUGUACGCGAAGCUCAAGGACUACGAGGCCGCGCACGCCCACGGCGGCGAAGCCGUCGGCGGCGGCGACCCGGCGCACGCGCUCCACCUGUCCAUGAAAGCCGUCGACGCCGACGGCGACGGCGCCGUGUCCUUCGAGGAGCUCCGGAAGGCCGCGGAGGCCGUCGCGCGGAACGCCCUGCCGUCGGGCGUCGACGUCGUCGUCCGCGGCGCGCGCAACCUCGCCAACGUCGCGGAGCCCCGCGGCGCCGGCUGCACGUCGGCGUCGCCGGCGUCGUCGAGCCCCUUCGCGGUCGUGUCCGUCGACGGGCGCCACCUCGGCCAGUCGAAGCCCCAGCUCGACAGCUGCGACCCGACCUGGGACUUCAAGGUCGCGCUGUCGCGGCCGAAGGACGUCUUCCGGGGCGACCACGGCAUGCGCGGCGAGGUCGCGUCCGUCGAACUCUUCCACUACCGGAAGAAGCUCUCGCCCGCCCCGCUGGGGCGCGUCGACGUCGACGUCGCCUCCGAGUACCUCCUGGCCAAGGGCCUCGACGGCGCGCCGCGGACGUCGCGGCGCUGGCACCGCGUCGCGGCCGCCGCGGGCUGCGGCGACGCGCGCGGCGAGGUCGACGUCGAGGUCGUCUUCCUGCCGCCGGCCGUCGAGAAGAGCGACGCCGGCACCGCCGGCGGCGCCGAGGACCAGGGCGACGAGUCCUUCGACGACGACUGGGCCUUCUGCCGGGGGCCCGCGAAGCUCCGCUUCGAGCGCGGCGACGGCGCCGGCGCCGCGGACGCGCCCUUCCCGGCGCUGGGCGCCGCGUUCCCCUGGCUCGCGUUCUGCUGCGUCGACUCGCGGGACCGCGACGUGCCCCUCGGCGCCGACGACACCGUGGGCCCCGCGACGCGCGGCCCGGGCCGCGACCGGCGCCGCGACCGGUGGCUCGUGCUCGGCCCGCACGCGCGCGUGCCCCACGCGGACCGGUCGCCCUACCUCCGCUACAGCGUCCGCGCCUGGGGCGGCGCCGACGCCUGCGCGAAGGCCCUCGAAAAACCGGACUGCGCCGUCUCGGCGCACUGGGCCGACACGUUCGUCUGCGGCGACCGCGCGCGCCGCGACCGGGUUCUGGAGCUGGAGACGAAGCUGCACGGCGUCGUCGAGCUCCAGUUCGCCGACGACGUCGAGCUCUACGCCUGGUGGAAGCACCUGAGCAAGGUCCACGACCGCACGCUGCUCCUCGACGCGCCCGCGGACCCGAAGGCGCAGAAGUUCCUGCCCGAGCACGCGCGGCCGACCGUCGUCGGCCCCCGCGGCGGUGCCGCCGGCGGCGACGACGACUUCGCGUCGACCAUGGCGCGGCGCGACGGCGCGACCUGGGUCGUGGCCCAGAAGGCCGCGAAGCGGGUCCUCGAGCGGCUCACGCGGCCGCCGCGCGUCGUCGUCGAGCCCGACGCGCUCGGGCCCCGCGUCUUCGCCUACCGCGCCUUCGGCGGCGCGGGACCGCAGGGCGACGUCGCGCCCUACUACCGCACGGACGCGCGCGUGCCGACGCGGCGCGGCGCGGCCGUCGCCGUCGCGACGUGGGCGCCCGUCGAAAAGGCCGCGCACCGCCCGACGAUCGUCUACUGCAGCGGCACGAACUCGAGCGGCCGUGCCGACGCCAUCUCGUCCGGCGCGCUCGCCGUCGCCCUCGAGCUGCGGGCGGCCCUCGUCGCCUUCGACUUCGUCGGGUCCGGCGGCUCGGACGACGGCGUGACGUCGUUCGGCUGGUGGGAGCGCUACGACGUCGCCGCCGUCGUGGAGCACGCGCGGCGCGAGCACCCGGGCUCGCGCGUCGUCGUCUGGGGCGGCGCGUCGUCGGGGGCCGUCGCCGCGCUGUUGUGCGCGUCGCGGUUGGACCCGUCCGUCGAGGGCCUCGUGCUCGACUCCGCGCCCGCGCGGCUCCGGGACCACGUGCUCGAGGUGCUCAAGGACGCGCUCAAGCCCGACGCGCCCUACCGGGAGCAGCUCGUGCAGGAGAUCGCGGGCUUCGUCGACGAGCGGCUCAAGCGGCGCGCGGACUUUCGCCUCGACGACGUCGACCCCGCCAAGGAGUGCGGCAACCGCCUCUUCAAGGACAAGCCCGUGCUCGUCAUCGGCGAGCACGACGCGCAGGGGUCCGUGGCCGCGUCCCACGCGCAGGAGCUCAACGGGGUCCUCCGCGGCGCCGCCGCGGGCAAAGGGCGGCGCCGGUCCGUCGACGACGGCAAGGUGACGACGAACCACGAGAUCCUCGUCGUCCAGGGCCGCACGGGGCCCCAGCGCGCCGCGGCGGCGCACGUGCCCGCGGCGCUGGCCGUCAUCGCGGGCUUCCUGGAGAAGGUGUUCCCCCGGGCAAACCCCGUCGCGUUCGCGUUUUUUACCCGCCGCGCGCCCCACGGCAUCCGCGACCGGCUCCUCGCGCGGACGCCGCCCUGGGUCACGGACGACCCGGAGCUCGCGAAGAUGAGCUCCCACCUCCAGAACGUCGAGCGAGCGCACGCGGCGAAGAAGGCCGGCGGCGCGGACGCCGCGAGGAAGGCCGGAGACGGCGCGGACGCCGCGCCCGCGGCGAAGCCGCGCCACAAGAAGCACCACAAGCCGGACGACGACGGCAAGAAGAAGCACGCCAAGGCCGCGGCCGACGACGGCAAGAAGAAGCACCACCACCACCAUCACCAGAAGGAGACGCAGUGA